UCUCUGUAGCCAGACUCUCAACCCUCUGGACCAAAGACGACCAUCCCUGCUACUUCGAAAACUCUCUCUCUCUCUCUCUCUCUCUCUCUCUCGAUGGCGAGUUCUCAUGCUACUGUCCUCUUUCUAAUCCUCACCUUCCAUCUCGGCACUGUUUUCAGUGGAAUGGAAGUGAUGGAGGGCUUGAUCAGUCGCUUACAUGCUCCAAGAGCGUCUCCCUCAGUACAGGAAGCUGCAGCCAGAGGAGUCCUCGCUAGAUUGCUCCCAACCCAUUCUUUCAGCUUCGAUUUCAAGAUCAUUUCCAAGGAUAUUUGUGGUGGAUCUAGUUGCUUUUGGAUUAAUAAUGUCAAAACUUCAAGCAAGAAUGGACCAGAGAUUAUGAUUAAAGGCACUACAGCAGUUGAGAUUUCAUCCGGUCUCCAUUGGUAUUUAAAGUAUUGGUGUGGUGCUCAUAUUUCAUGGGACAAGACUGGUGGCAUUCAGACAGCUUCUGUUCCAAAACCAGGAUCACUUCCACAUGUAGAAGAUAAGGGGGUGCUGGUUCAGCGUCCAGUUCCAUGGAACUAUUAUCAAAAUGUUGUUACUUCCAGUUAUUCCUUUGUUUGGUGGGACUGGGAAAGAUGGGAGAAAGAGAUUGAUUGGAUGGCUCUUCAAGGGAUUAACUUGCCUUUAGCAUUUACAGGACAAGAGAGCAUUUGGCAGAAGGUUUUCCAGAAUUUGAAUAUUAGCAAGGAAGAUUUGGACGACUUCUUUGGUGGACCGGCCUUCCUUGCUUGGGCUCGCAUGGGAAAUUUACAUGCUUGGGGUGGUCCACUUUCACAAAGUUGGUUGGAUCAACAAUUAGCUCUGCAGAAGCGUAUACUGUCUCGUAUAGUUGAGCUCGGCAUGACUCCAGUCCUGCCAUCAUUCUCUGGGAAUGUUCCAGCGGCACUGAAAAAGAUAUUCCCUUCUGCCAAUAUAACAAGGCUUGGUGAUUGGAACACUGUUAAUGGUGAUCUGCGGUGGUGCUGUACAUACCUUCUUGAUCCAUCUGACCCCCUAUUCAUUGAAAUUGGAGAGGCUUUUAUCCUGCAACAACUUAAAGAAUAUGGAGAUGUUACUGACAUAUACAGCUGUGAUACAUUCAAUGAAAACACCCCACCUACGAAUGAUCCAACUUAUAUCUCCUUACUUGGAGCUGCUGUUUAUAAGGCAAUGUCUAAAGGCGAUAAGGAUGCUGUAUGGCUAAUGCAAGGAUGGCUAUUUUAUUCAGAUUCUGCUUUCUGGAAUCCACCACAAAUGAGAGCACUUUUGCAUUCUGUUCCAUUUGGAAAGAUGAUAGUCCUCGAUCUAUUUGCUGAUGUCAAACCCAUAUGGGAAACAUCUUCUCAGUUUUAUGGCACUCCUUAUGUCUGGUGUCUGCUGCAUAACUUUGGUGGAAAUAUUGAAAUGUAUGGCCUGCUGGAUUCAGUUUCUUCAGGACCAAUCGAUGCUCGUGUCAGCCAAAAUUCGACCAUGGUUGGUGUUGGCAUGUGCAUGGAGGGAAUAGAACAGAAUCCAGUUGUCUAUGAGCUAAUGUCUGAAAUGGCAUUUCGUAGUGAAAGAGUUCAAGUUGUGGAAUGGCUGAAAAGCUACUCCCAUCGACGUUAUGGUAGAGCAGUUCAUCAAAGUGAUGCAGCUUGGAAGAUUCUUUAUAAAACAAUUUACAACUGUACAGAUGGGAUUGCUGACCAUAAUAAAGAUUUCAUAGUUCAAUUCCCAGAUUUUGAUCCAUCCUUGAAGUCACACUCCAAUAGUUCUAAAGAAGGCCAGUUGCAAAAUCUGUCUAUUCGAGAUAGCACUAGAAGAUUCUCCUUUCGAGAAAUGAGCUCUGAUUUGCCUCAGCCACAUUUAUGGUACUCCACAAAGGAAGUAAUCCAUGCCUUGCAGUUAUUAAUUGAAGCAGGCAAUGAUCUUGCAGGAAGCACUACAUACAGAUAUGACUUGGUUGACCUCACACGGCAAGUAUUAUCAAAGUACGCAAACCAGGUUUACUUGGAUGCUUUGACUGCUUUUCGACAGAACAAUGCCAAUGCUUUAACUCACCAAAGCCGAAAGUUCGUCGAGCUCAUCAAGGAUAUUGAAACUCUUCUAGCUUCUGAUGACAAUUUUCUACUGGGCACAUGGCUCCAAAGUGCAAAAAAACUUGCAACGAGUCAGAGCGAGACGAGGCAGUAUGAAUGGAAUGCAAGAACACAAGUGACAAUGUGGUUUGAUACCACCAACACCAACCAGAGUAAACUUCAUGAUUAUGCAAACAAAUUUUGGAGUGGACUAUUAGAGAGCUACUACCUGCCGAGGGCUUCAUCCUAUUUCAGUCAUUUAUUGACAAGUUUGAGAGAAAAUCAGAGCUUUCAAAUGGAGAAAUGGAGAAGAGAGUGGAUUUCUUAUUCCAACAAAUGGCAAGCGGGCAGUGAGCUUUACCCAGUGAAGGCUCAAGGCAAUGCCCUAGAAAUUUCAAAAGCAUUGUUCCAAAAAUACUUUGGCUGAAAAUUGGAGUCCAUUUCCCAAGAAUUUUAGAAAGGGAAAAAAAGAACAGACUGUAUGUGCUAAUAAUGUUCAUUAACAUUGUAAGGAUGAGUACAACUCGACAUGCUCAAUAUCCAAACAUUGCCACAUUCUCAAUUGAAUUUUCUUAAUCCCGCAUGGAGGUUUGGAUGUACUAGGUAUACUUUUCCCAAAGUUUCACUUAGGGAGUGUCUUUAAGGGUAUAAAAAUUCAAAAUAACUAUGUGCUCA